CGGAUACGCGCCUGUGUCGCGCGCUACUGGUGGGCUGUACGCCGUCACGAGCUGAAGGUGUCAUGAAACGAAGAAAACUCACUGGCGGAGAAGAGCGCCUUUUAUACGAGCCCGUAUGGCAAGACACGAGAAAUUGAUUGUAUAGCUUGCUCCGGUGAAAAUGUCCAAAAACACUUCUCUCUAUUUUCGAAUUGUCGAGGGCAGGAACCUCCCGGCCAAAGACGUAUCUGGAACCAGUGAUCCUUACUGCAUCGUUAAAGUUGACAAUGAAGUUGUUGCCAGGACUGCUACAGUGUGGAAGAAUCUCAAUCCUUUCUGGGGUGAAGAGUACACAUUGCACCUUCCCAUGGGGUUCCAUUCACUCUCGUUCCAUGUCAUGGAUGAGGACACAAUUGGGCAUGAUGAUGUUAUUGGUAAGAUUACACUGAGCAAAGAAGCCAUUGGAUCUCAAGCUAAAGGUCUUGAUAGCUGGCUGAACCUGACAAGGGUUGACCCUGAUGAAGAAGUCCAAGGAGAGAUCCAUCUCAGUCUGGAGCUCCUGAAAUGCACAAGGAAGAUAAGUCUACGUUGUAAAGUUAUUGAAGCCAGAGAUUUGGCUCCGAGAGACAUUUCUGGAACUUCUGAUCCCUUUGCAAGAGUUAUUUUUAACAAUCACAGUGCAGAGACCUCGAUUAUCAAGAAGACCCGUUUUCCUCACUGGGGUGAGACCUUGGAGCUGGAGUUAGAUCCAGAGGAGCUGAGUGAGGAUGGGAUUGUUACUGUAGAGGUCUGGGACUGGGACAUGGUGGGCAAGAAUGACUUUCUGGGAAAGGUGGAAAUCCCUUUUGCUUGUUUGCACAAGACACCUCUGUUAGAGAGCUGGUUUCGUUUGCUACCCCUGGGAAAUAAUGAGGUUGAGACAGGUGGCAAGCUGGGAGCACUUCGUCUGAAGGUGCGUUUGGUGGAGGAUCGGAUCUUGCCGUCCAUGUACUAUCAGCCUCUCAUCGACCUUCUGGUUGAGUCGGUAAUCUCCCCCGCAGAGGUGGAGGACAGCAGCGCCCUGACCAUGCUGGAGGAGGUGACCACAGUUGAAAGCAGGCAGGAUGUUGCAAUGACUCUGGUGAAGAUCUACUUGGGACAAGGCCUGGUGGUGCCAUUCCUUGAUUAUCUUAACACCCGGGAGGUCAACCACACCACUGAUCCAAACACUUUAUUUCGAUCAAACUCACUCGCCUCCAAGGCCAUGGAGCAGUUCAUGAAGGCUGUUGGCAUGCUGUAUCUGCAUGAGGUAUUGAAACCCAUCAUCAAUCGCAUCUUUGAUGAGAGAAAGUACAUUGAGCUGGACCCAUGUAAGAUUGACUUGAACCGCACAAGACGUAUUUCAUUUAAGGGUGCGGUGUCUGAGGCAGAGGUACGCGACAGCAGUGUGGAGAUGCUGCAGAGUUAUUUAACCAGCAUCAUUGAAUCCAUCGUGAGUUCAGUCGAUCAGUGUCCUCCUGUCAUGAGAGUGGCCUUCAAACAGCUACACAAGAGAGUAGAGGAGCAAUUUACCGAACCGGAGAAUGAGGAUGUGAAGUACCUGGCCAUCAGUGGAUUCUUCUUCCUGCGUUUUUUUGCUCCUGCUAUACUCACACCUAAACUUUUCCAGCUGAGAGACCAGCAUGCUGACACACGGACAAGCAGAACACUGUUACUAUUGGCAAAGGCACUACAAAGUGUCGGCAACUUGGGGCUUCAGCUGGGCCAUGGAAAGGAGCAGUGGAUGGCACCUCUUCAUCCCAUCAUCCUUCGCAGUGUGGCUUCUGUCAAAGACUUCCUGGACAAGUUGAUCGACAUAGAUCAUGAUAGUGCAUCUGAGGUGCCUCAGAGAGCUGUCAUCAUGCCUUCAGUGACAGUUAAGGAGGGAUACCUCCACAAACACAAAGCAGAGGGGCCACAACUCCUCUCCCGCUUUGCUUUUAAGAAACGCUACUUCUGGUUGACCAGUGAGACACUGUCUUAUGCCAAGACCUCUGAUUGGCAGGUGCGCUCUUCAAUCCCUAUUCAGUGUGUGUGUGCUGUGGAGAGGGUGGAUGAAAAUGCCUUUCAGCAGCAGAAUGUAAUGCAGGUCAUCACGCAGGACAACGACGGGCAGCUGCACACCAUGUACGUCCAGUGCAAGAAUGUGAAUGAGCUGAACCAGUGGCUGUCUGCGAUCAGGAAAGUCAGCAUCUACAAUGAGUGCAUCCUGCCCUCUUUCCACCCAGGAGCUCAUCGCAGCGGCAAGUGGACCUGCUGCCUGCAGGUGGACCGUGCUGUUACAGGCUGCAGCAGAACCCACUCAGCUGUGACUCUGGGUGACUGGAGUGAUCCACUGGAUCCUGACGUAGAGACGCAAAUGAUUUACAAGCAACUUCUUCAGGGCAGAGAUAAACUCAGGAAACAAUAUGUGGAGAUGCCAGAUGGUGAGCAGAUGUCAGACAAUAAGGAAAAGAGAAACUCUGAUGUUCACCCAGAUGGCGCCAAAUGUAACGUUCAGCUGAUGAAGUCAGGUCAGAGUGUUGCUGCUCGGCUGUUGGCAGUGAUAGAGGAUCUGGAGCAGGCUCACGCCACCUUUCAGCGCAGAGAGAAAGAGGACACUGCCAGUGUUAUUCUGAAUCCUUAGACUACCCAUGGCCUGAGAUCUAUUAAUGCCUGCAGGUGGGGGUUGGUGAUGGUUGUGAUGGAGGGAUACCAAUAUGACUAAGCAUCGUCUAUCCACUCUCUUUACUGUCAGGGAGAAAAAGUGGCUACAUGGUACAACUUCCUCCAACCUUUUAGUACAUUUCCCACUGGCUGUAGAGCCAAGUGACGAUGGGAUUCAGUGUCUUUUAAUCUUUUUAUAUUCUCUGAGUGCCACCAACAACAGCUUAAGGAGGAGAUUGUUGAUGAUAAAGGGGUGUGAGCGACUUUGAGGCAUGAUCUGGCUUGAUUUUUUUUUCUGUGCAUAAGAAGCAGUCUGUUGCAUGGCCUGCAUCUGCUUGUGAAAUGUGAAAAGAAGCUUUUAUAUUUAAAGAUACUGUACAGUCACAUUUUUAUGCAAGAGGCUUGUUGUAGUGUAAUUUACAGUACCUGAAUGUGAGGUGUUUUGAUAUUACCACUUUAAAUGUUUUGUACCUUUUUUUGAGGCACUUGAUCACCGUGGCAACAAUGUAGCAGUGACAUAAAUAGUACAGGUCAUUCCACCACAAAAUUAUGAAACAGUGAUGCACAUGCUCAGUGUAACGCUGCCUGUACAAUCAGCAAACCGAAUAUUUCUUUACAUGUUGCUUUGAUCCCUUUAUACCGUACAAUGUGCUUUUGUUUGGUGCUAUGCCCAGUCAAAGUUAUGUUCUGAUGUGAUUUGCAUUUUUAAAAUGUCCUUACACUUGAUGUAGCCUUUCCUUAAGUUAUAUGGGUAAUAUUUACCUGACUCACAAGUGUCAGGAUAUGUUUUAGAUGCCAAUUUUGCUUUUAGAGCAUGUACAAUCAUUUUCUAAAGAUCAAGUAAAAUUCAGUGACUGAAGAGCAGAAAAGGUCAAUGACUUUGACAGAGAUCAGAUCUGUGAUCUGGGAAAACUUCAACUGGCUUUUCCGGAGCUGAUUCAAUUAUAUUCUGCUGCCACUUUGUGGAGGAAACAUUCUUCCUGCAUUAGAUAAAACAGUAUGGUACACAUACCAGACAUGGUAACUCAUGCCCAGCAUGGCUAGAUUUUUUUACAGUGACUUGCAAAAGUGGUCAGAAAUUCUGUGUGUAAAGCUAAGCAAGAAGAUGAUGUUGAAAUAUUUAUUUUACCAUUUUAAUCAGUAUUAUUUUUUAUUUCUGUGACAUUUUAGAACACCAAGGAAACAAAAAAUUUCUUCACAGUGGUGUCCACAACAACUACUUUUUGGGACAAGGUUUUAGAAGAAUUUGUAAUUUGCAUCACUUGGACUUUCACAAAGAUUGCAAUAAACCAGCCAUAGCUGUAAGGAGCUAAUUAGGAUGCAAGACCUUGAUAAACUUAAGGUCUCUUGGCCUAAAAUGUUGUUUCCAUUGUAACAGAUGGGUUGCUGUAAGUAUGUAUUCCAAUUUCAGUGUAUUUGCAGCUUUUGAAAAGUUAUUUGCCAUUUGACUUUCUCUUUUAAGAACAAGAGUAGACAUACUUGGUUUGUGAACUUCAUGUUCUGUGAGUCAGAGCUUGUCUUGUUAAAAGACAAACACACUGCCUGCUUUUUAUUUUCCAACUCACAGAAAUGGUUUAUUCCAGGCAUUUUGUAAUUGUGAGCACAGCGGUAUUAUUUAAUAAAUCCCCAGUUUAA